UGUGGAUUGCACGUGUCACUCGAAUUCGAUUGACACGGCAGUCAACGUGUUAAUAUCAAAACGGAAAAGUAGCUCCGCGAAGAACAGAAACGCAGUCAAGACCAAGUACCGAUAUGCUUCGGUUAGCACUCCCUACCGUCGCGCAAGUUGCUCGAAAGUGAUGCUCGAAACGAUGCUUAGAAUUCCGCGAUACGUGCGACUCCUGCUGUUUCUAUGCAUCGGUUCGACAAUUCUUUGUGCCGUUUUUAUCACUUUCCCGAAACUAAUUGGCGAUAAGCUCGACGAGGUAACAUCCGCGAUACGAACGGAACAUGGCGAGCAAAUACAGGAAGUCUCGACGAUACCGAUGAGAAAGCGAAACUUUACCCAAGACCAGAUUAAUAAAAUGACUUUACUUGGGAGGUGGCUCUUAUCUUUUGAGGGACACUCACCACCACCGAUAGUUAAUACGAAAAAGGAGCCAUAUUUAAUUUUAAUCUGGAUGCAUGGAAAGUUCUUGGAACGCAGACACAUCAAACGCUUUACAAAUAAUAAAUUUUCUCCGUGGGAAAAUUGUUCGAUGAAAAACUGUAUAUUAACGUACCGUUCGAAAGAUUUAGAGACAGCAGACGCGGUUGUAUUUCAUUUGCAUCUGACAAAGGGCACGUCAGAAUUGCCAACCAGACACCGGCGGGAUCAAAGAUGGAUCUUUCUGACCGACGAAUCACCAAUGCAUACAUUCCUUUAUGGGAAUCAAGAAAUAUCGAAAUAUAACGGCCUAUUUAAUUGGUCGAUGACCUAUCGAAUGGAUAGCGACGUUCCGGUACCUUAUGGCCGAGUGAUUUCCAGAUCGUUUGUAAAUUUCUCGAAGAAUUCUAUAAAAAAAUUAAAGACUAAACUUGUUGCCGUGAUGGGUAGUAACUGUGCUGGUAGGAAUGGAAGAUGGAGCUACGUAAAGGAACUUAAAUCGAUUCUCGGAAAGGAUCUGGAUAUAUACGGAAAAUGCUUAAACGGCAAUGUGACCGUAUGCCCGGGUCAUUUCGACAGAGAUUGCAUCGCUUUAAAUGCGUACAAGUUCUAUCUGGCCUUCGAGAAUUCGAACUGUAAAGAAUACAUAACGGAAAAAGUAUUUUGGCACGGUUAUCACAAAUUUGCGGUUCCAAUAAUAAUGGGUGCAUCGAAUAAUAAUUGCGAACAAUUAUUACCGCCUCAUUCGUUCCUUCACGUUGACGAUUUCGCUAACCCGACCGCUUUGGCGAACUAUAUCCAGUAUCUUAAUCGACACGAUGACAAAUACUUCGAGUACCACGAAUGGCGUAGAUAUUACAAAGUAAUUAACGAACACGGUUAUUUUGGUAGUACAUCGAGACAUUAUUGUCGCAUUUGCGAGGCUCUCAAUUACAAUACUCCUGCUACAAAGGUAUAUGACGAUAUAGAGUCAUUUUGGCACAAAAAACAAGAUUGCACCCUCUGA